CUCAGCGCAGAGGCGGUCCCCGCAGACUGCGCCACCCACGCCGCCUCGCCCCGCCUCCCGGACUCCCGCGCCUCCCGCACCCUGGAGGCGCCGCCGUUCAGCGACCCGCAGCGAGCGCAGCGCGCAGCCGGGAGAGAAGAUGUUUACCGUAGUGACCCGUCAGCCUUGUGAGCAAGCAGGCUUCAGGGCCCUCUCCCGGACUCCAGCCAUCGUCACCUUGGUGGUCUUGCUUGUGAGCAUCGUGGUGCUUGUGACACUCACGCUCAUCCAGAUCCGCCACCCUCAGGUCCUCCCUCCUGGGCUGAAGUACGGGAUUGUGCUGGAUGCUGGCUCUUCCAGAACCACCAUCUACGUCUAUCAGUGGCCAGCAGAGAAGGAGAAUAACACAGGAGUGGUCAGCCAGACCUUCAAAUGCAGUGUGAAAGGCUCUGGAAUCUCCAGCUAUGAGAAUAAUCCCCAGGAGGCCCCCAAGGCCUUUGAUGACUGUAUGCUAAAGGUCAAGGAGCAGGUGCCAGAGUCCCUCCACGGGUCCACCCGCAUUUACCUGGGAGCCACGGCUGGGAUGCGCUUGCUGAGGUUGCAGAACGAGACAGCAGCUCACGAAGUCCUUGAGAGCAUCCAAAGCUACUUCGAGUCCCAGCCUUUUGAUUUUAGGGGUGCUCAAAUCAUUUCUGGGCAAGAGGAAGGGGUGUAUGGAUGGAUUACAGCCAACUAUAUAAUGGGAAACUUCCUAGAGAAGAACCUGUGGCACAUGUGGGUUCACCCACACGGAGUAGACACCACGGGAGCCCUGGAUUUGGGCGGCGCCUCCACCCAGAUAUCCUUUGUGUCAGGAGAGGAGAUGGAGCCGAACGGCAGCGACACGGUGCAGGUGUCCUUGUACGGCUACACGUACACGCUCUACACACACAGUUUCCAGUGUUACGGCCGCAAUGAAGCAGAGAAGAAGUUCCUGGCGAUGCUUCUGCAGAGCUCUCCCACUGAAACCAACAUCAGCAACCCCUGCUACCCGCGGGGUUACAGCGCCUCGUUUGACUUGGGCCACGUGUUCGGCAGCCUGUGCACUGAGAAGCAGAGGCCGGACAACUACAGCCCCUAUGAUAUUGUCACCUUCACGGGAACUGGAGACCCAUGGCUGUGCAGGGAGAAGGUGGCAUCUGUGUUUGACUUCAAAGCUUGCCAGGAGCAAGAUGCUUGUUCCUUUGAUGGCAUUUAUCAGCCCAAGGUUCAAGGGCCAUUUGUGGCGUUUGCAGGGUUCUAUUACACAGCCAGCGCACUAAACCUCUCCGGAAGCUUCUCCCUUAUGUCCUUCAACAGCAGCAGCUGGGACUUCUGCAGACACGCCUGGAUCGAGCUCCCGUCCCUGCUUCCCAGAUUUGAUGAGGUGUAUGCCCGGUCCUACUGUUUCUCAGCCCACUAUAUCUACCACCUGCUCGUGAACGGAUACAAAUUCACGGAGGAGACUUGGCCUCAGAUACGUUUUGAGAAGGAAGUGGGGAACAGCAGCAUCUCCUGGUCCCUAGGCUACAUGCUCAGUCUGACCAACCAGAUCCCAGCUGGAAGUACCCUGAUCCGUCUGCCGAUUCAGCCCCCCGUCUUUAUGGGCAUUUUGGCCUUCUUCACUGCCAUCGCCUUGCUGUGCCUGGCGUUUCUUCUGUAUCUGUGUUUAGCGUUCAGGACAAAGGGACACUCUGAGAACGCCUUCGAACAAGCAGUGGAUUCAGACUGAGCCUUCCAAGGCUGAGACUGCCUGUGACCCGCCAGAAUGACAUCAGACAGUGUGAGCAAAGUGGCUGCCACCAGGACCUGCUCCAUGGUUACAUGCCAAGGUCACAUGCCUCUCAGCUGCUGGCUACCGUCAGAGCACCUCCUGGGGGUCCCUCAGUUAGCCCGUGAGAGUUGCCCCUGCAACUCCUUCCCACCUGAUUGCUGAUCCACUGGGAAUCAAGGAGACACUGGCAGUCACGGUCAGGGACUUCGCUCCAUCACUCCAGAGAAAGUCAGGAACAUAAUAAUUUAACAUGGAAGAACUGACCACAGGGCCCGGCUUCCAUUUUCUCUCCCUCACUAUUCUUCCUAGCAAGGCGCCCAUGAAGGCUCUGACUGGGACGUCUCACCCAUGCCAUCCUAUAGGUCCUUUGUAAGUCUUUUAGUUGAGAAUCCAACCGUGUCUCAAGUCACUGACACUUCUUUCAGCAAUCCCAUAAGCAUUAAGCUCCCUGGCUGGUAGGAUGUAGCACUGAGUGGGGAAGAUGAUAGUACAGAAUUUCACGUAGCUCAUGCUAGCCUCCAGCUCACUAAGUAGCCAAGGAUGACCUUGAACUUCUGAUCUACUCCUGAGCACUGCAAUUAUGGCUAUGAAUCACUACACCCAGUUUAUGAGGCGCUGGGGUUAGAACCCCUGGGCUUCAUGCAUGCUAGGCAAGUAUUCUACCAACUGAGCCAUAGCCUUAGCCUAAGAAGACUGCAGCCCCAAGGACGCCUGCCUUGUCAUGUAUGCAGAACCUGAAGCACAAAGACACAAAGAAGCCACUAGAACGGUAGCUGUUCUCAUCGUGGAGAUCCCCCUUGGGGCUCUGGUCAUGGGGCUGCUACUCGGUGUGUGCCAUCAUCCUUGUGUGUGGUCUUAACUUACUGCUGUGCUCUCACCCAGUCCACUGCCCGGGACUGCCUUUCUGCUGUUCUCAUGGCAUGCGGUUUUCCCGCCGCUCUCACGGGUAUAAGACAUCCCAGUCUGGAAUUUCUGACCAACUACUUACCCCAAUUACAGUUCUCCCCAAGUAGCUGCCACACUUGAUAGGGGGAAAGAAAAGGCAGUCUUGGGAGUAUUUCCCUCCAAAGUGGGAAGAGAAAGGGCUUCAGCAAGCCCGGUAACUACAAGCUACACAUCAAUGCUAUUUCGCAUGGCUGGUUGUGGGCACCAUAUGGAAUAAACUUUUUAUUUUGCAAUGUG